AUGAUCGCAGCCCUUGUUCUAGGACUUCUUGGUCUUGCUCGCGCCGCUUGCCCUGCCACCGAGGAGGAGGCCCUGACCAAUUUGUACGAUGCCCUGGAUGGUGCUAAUUGGAAGUCGAAUAACUGGCUUACGCCCGACGUGUCUUACUGUAGCUGGACCGGCAUCACAUGCGACUCUAACAAUAACGUUAUUGGGAUCGACCUCUCUGACAUGGGGCUCACUGGUGCCCUCCCUGCCGACAUAGGCUGCUUCCCACUUUUGAGGUCGCUGUACCUUAAUAAUAAUGACCUUGCGGGCCCGAUCCCGACGGAUCUUUGUGCCCUCACCUCAAUGCAGUACCUGCAAAUUAACAACGCUGGGCUGACGGGUGACAUUCCCGAGUGCAUCUGUGAUUUAACCCACAUGAUGUUUUGGUACAUGAGUAUUAAUGCUCUCACUGGUCCCAUCCCCACCUGCGUCAACGAACUCCAAUUCCUCAAGGAGCUCCACCUUGACUGCAACGAGCUGACUGGCGACGUUCCGGCAGAUCUCUUCGACCUGCCUUACAUGAUGGAGAUUCAUGUCCAGUGCAACACCGAUCUCGUUUGCACAGCUGCGCCUGACACCUACACCGGAAUCUACCUCUGUGGAACAACAGACUGCGAUUACUGCACUGCUCUCCCGCCGACAAACUGCCCCACAACUCUCGAGAGAGAUGGAUGCACGUACUACAGGCAGACAGUAGUCCGCAAUGCGUCGGGACGAAAGACAAGCUGCAACGCUCGUAGCGCCUCCAACUGUGGCAAGGCCAAGAGCAACAUGCACAACAGUGCACACAAUGCGCAGAGGAAAUGCAACAUGCCAAACAGCCGCAGCCAAACACCGCUCAGGACAGUGGUUAGGUCAUCUAGCAAGACGGCCUCAACGUCCCGCUCCAGGACGGCUCCCAAGAAGACGGUCCAAUCGAGGAGCUCUGUGACUGGCAAUGCUAGCCGCUCUGCUGUAGCCCGCCCCACCGCUCGUGCGAUCACCAAGCCGACCCAAUCGAAGCGUGCACCCGUGAGAGCUCUGCCUCGCAGCACGAACAAGCCUAUUGUCCGCAGAAGGUGA